AUGGUGGAUGGAGGAGGGGUGCAGUAUCGACCCCCUGUGACCGUGCCAGCUCCCUCGCCGCCUCGGCCCCACCCCGCCCAGGUCCCUGCCCCUGCCCCGCUCCCUGCCCAGGUCCUGUUCCUGCCCCUUCUGCCUAAGUCCCCGCCCCUGGGCCCUGCCCAGCCCAAGUCCCCUGGCCCCUGCCCUGCCCAGCCCAGGUCCCCGCCCCGCCCACAGGUCCCCGCCCCGCCCAGGUCUCUGCCCUGCCCAGCCCAGGUCCUCGCCUCGCCUCGUUCGAAUUUAACAACAUAUCCUUGCUUUCCAGAUCAUGUGUGUAAGGACGUGGAGUUUCAGUGUGGGAGUGGCAAGUGUAUACCCCUACGAUGGCAGUGCGACUCUGAGGCGGAUUGUGAGGACGGGUCCGACGAAGAUCCCAAACACUGUGAUAAAGCAGAAUGUGAAGCUGACGAAUUCACUUGUCACAAUAGAGGCAACAAAAUGAAUUGCAUCCCACUAAAUUGGGUUUGUGAUGGUUCGGCUGAUUGUGAUGACGAAUCCGACGAAGUGUCUUGUAACGCUACCUGCACCUCGGAACAGUUCACUUGUUCAUCUGGAUUGUGUAUCUCAAAACGGUGGCAGUGUGAUGGUGACAACGACUGUGGGGACCAAGAUUUCUCAGAUGAAGCGAACUGCCCAAACAUGACGUGCUUAACCUCACAGAUGCAGUGCAGUGAUGGGCAAUGCAUAGAGAAAUCUUGGAAGUGUGAUGGGGAAGACGAUUGUUUCGACGGGGCAGAUGAACAUAACUGUCCUAAUGCCACGUGCAGCGACGAUGAAUACGUGUGUGCAUUAAGGUUCCCGUGUAUCCGCCGAGAGUGGCUGUGUGACGGAGACAUGGAUUGCCCUGCCGGAGACGACGAGAGUGCGGAGAACUGUAUCCUGCCGUGUCCUGGAGAUUCGUUCAUGUGUGGCGACGAGACGUGCAUCCACAAGAAGCUACUGUGUAAUGGCUUCCCAGAGUGUGCCGAUGAGUCUGAUGAAGCUAAUUGUGCACCAACUUGUAUUGAAGAUGCUCAGUUUAAUUGUGGCACCCAUUGCAUCCCCAUGGAGUUGGUGUGUAAUGGAAAUGACGACUGUGGAAAUAACGCUGACGAGCCCACCGAUGGCACGUGCGGCAGGAACGAGUGUGAGGUCCAUAAUGGCGGCUGUACACAAACAUGCGUUGAUACUCGCGCUGGUCACUACUGCAAGUGUAAAAAAGGCUUCAUGCUUGUGAAUGGAACACAGUGUCAGGACAUUGAUGAGUGUAUGGAACCAGGCAUCUGCUCUCAAGUGUGUGUCAACCUCAAGGGGAGUUACAAGUGUGAGUGUGUUGGGGGCUACGCUCGUGACCCACACAACCAUCACCGGUGUAAAGCGAUGGAAGGUCACGCCUCGCUCUUGUUUGCUCGCUAUACAGACAUACGGAAAAUUUCGCUGGAUCACAAAGAGAUUACAGCAAUUGUGAAUGAGACUCAGGGAGCCACAGCUCUCGACUUCGUGUUUAAGACUGGGAUGAUUUUCUGGACAGAUGUGGUGGCAAAAUGUAUUUACAAAGCUCCUAUUGAUGAAGGCAGCAAAAUGGUGAAGGUGAUUACCAAUGAUGUAACAACUGUAGAUGGCCUGGCUGUUGACUGGCUCUAUAACCACAUUUACUGGACCAACACAGACACAGACACUAUUGAGGUGGCAGAUUUCAACGGAGACAUGAGAAAGACCCUCUUCCAUCACAGUUUAGAUGAGCCUCGUGCCAUAGCGCUCUACCCUUCUGAGGGCUGGAUGUUCUGGACAGACUGGGGACAGUUCCCCAAGAUCGAGAGGGCUGGCAUGGACGGUAAAUUGAGGCAGGUCAUCGUCUCCAAAGAGAUUAAGUGGCCCAACGCUCUGAGCCUCGACCUGGUCCUUCGCAAGGUGUACUGGUCAGACUCUAAAUCCAACACCAUCUACUCUUGUGAUUUUGACGGGUCUAACCGCAGGGUCAUACUUCACUCAACAGAAUACUUGCCCCAUCCAUUCUCCAUCACAGUGUUUGAGGACACAAUGUACUGGACUGACUGGAGCAAGGAGAGCAUUUUCCGGGCCAACAAAUUCACCGGAGAACACGUUGAAGUUGUUACCGAUUCUCAUGCAAACCCGAUGACUGUCCACGUUUACCACAGCUAUAGGCAACCCAAUGGCACCAACCACUGUACUCCUCUCAACGGUCUCUGCACCCACCUAUGCCUGCCAGCACCACAGACAGGCCCUUCUGAUGCAAAAAUCACCUGCGCCUGUCCAGAUGGUCUCCUGCUGAUGCCUGACAGUUUGACGUGCGAGAGUGAGGAUGAAGUAAUCAGCACCAUGGCACCAGAGAAACAAGCCCCAGCCCAGGUUGAGACACCCGAAGAAGGAGAGGACGGAAAUGUGGCGGUGGCUGCCAUCGUGGCGGCUCUAAGUGUGCUCUGUGUCGCUUCAAUUUUGGCAUACAUGAUCUACCGUUACUAUAAACGGUCCGUGCACAGCAUGAACUUCGACAACCCGACAAAGAAGACAACCACAGAGGAUGGGUUCCACCUGGCAGGCCAGCAGCGGGCAAACUGCCAGAGGGGUUCAGCCCAGCCACAGUUUCAGCACCGGCAGUAUGGAGUUAUGUCACCCGAGGAUGGCCUUUGUGAGCCAAUGGUAAACACGCUCAAAUUCUAAUGACGUCCCUGGAGCCUCUCACAAAUGGCAGCAGCAACUUCGUAUGAGGGCAGUGGAUGGGUCUCUUCCAUGGCUCAUUGCCAUCUCUGUUAAGGUUCCCAGGAAUGGACUUGAAACUUUUCUGCCCUGGCCAACAUAUAGACUCUUAUAUAUAAUAUAUAUAUAUAUUUUAACGAUUUGUGAUGGGAUUGGCAAGUUUUGCCAUAGAGAUUCAUCCUUUGGACUCCUUUUCUUGUCUUGAAAUAGCGUAGCGAAGUUACUAAAUGGAAAAUCUGAACGAGAAAGGCUGUAGUUCCUUUCAUAAUUUGUGUCAAGUGACCAAAUGAAAAUAUUUAGAAUUUGCAGUGAUAAGAGAAUGUGGAGGACAAGAUGAAACCUUGCUCCUCAGGAAGAGACGAACAGUACGGUGACGUAAUGGACUCUGGGAUCCUGUGGAAUGGAGGGAUUGAGUGAGAUGCCUUGUUUCAUGUAUUAUUACACUCAUAACCUUUACCUUAUUUGUAGCCAAAGAAGAUAACUGCAGACUAGGUAGUAAUCUACACACACUCGCUAAGAGGUAGAGGCUCGGAGGUGUUUGCAAUCCCACCGGUCCAUAGAUCUGAGGUCCAGGAUGUAAGCGUCAGAUGGUACACACACGGGCUGGAGACAGGCAAAGGUCGGUGUGAUUGUGUAAUUUGUUCCAUGCUCACAAGUUCUGUGCAGAAACGUUUCUCCAGAGUUGCCAUUUUUACAACUUGAUGUUCUGUACAUGAAUGCCCUCAAGUGUUUUUUGUAUAUACAGAAAAAUAUCAAGCUUCCAAUGUCCUUUACUUCAGGAAACUAAAUAUGACAACCAGCAAUUUUUAGCCCUUUGCCAAUAUUUCCAUAAACCUAUCUUCUUUUAUUAAAUCACCAGUAAAAGUUUGGAAUGGUGUAAUUACCUAUUUCUUCUUUAUAUGAAUAGGGGAAUUUGCCUGUCUAAAAACAUACAUUGGAAACUUAGUAAAAAAAGAGUUAACAAUUAGAAUCGGCCAAGGAAAUUUUUCUCCGUGAAAUAAAGGUGAUAAAGUGUAUCUGGACAUCGCAACAAGACUCACAAUCAUGUUCAGCGAGAGGGAAUGGCGAUGGUGAGUCUUGACAGGCGAAGAUCGUCCUAUGCUUAUGAGUACAAAGGCAUCUUGAUUAUUUCCCUUUAUAGGAUUUCUACCAUGUUGAUGUUUGUAGAGGGAUAUCAUAAUUAGGACUUGGAAUCUUUUCUUUGGUAUGAAUAUUAGUCAUUGUGCCACUGCGUUCACCAUACACAACUCGGUCAAGAUAAUUGGAAUCUCUAGCAGUCAAACUCCAGCUUCUCAUAAUAGCUCUGUGGGAAAGUUCUCUGCUGGUACUGGAGCGAACUUAGAUCUGACACCUGAUGCCUGAUGUUAAAUUGAAAAAUAAUAUCUAGUUUUUUCCUAAAGGAUAUUUGACUGCAUAGAGAAACGUCUGACCCUCUUGUAUAGGUUGGUGGAAAAUAGAUUAAAAAAAACACUUGCUUCUGGAAUCUUAUUUAUUUAUUAUUUUACCAUUGUUGUACUGUUCCCUAGCAGUUGAUUGAAUUAUGAAAGAAAUAUAAUACAAACAGGCUUUAUACAUUGCUUCUUAUAAAGAGUAAUAUAAUUAUGUUUUAGACGUGUUUUAUUGAUCACAAAUUUAGCUGUUACAGAGAAACUUAUCUCACCAAAUUUUAGACAAAAUGAUAUUAGAGUAUUUGCUAUGUAUUUUAUUUCUCUGUAAUAGUAGUCUAAGUUAUUUUAUCAUGAACAGUUUGCAUUUGUUGAAUUAAUUGCAUAUUUGAUCCAUUUUCCACCAACUUGUUGCAAUACUUUGACACAGGACCUAAGCAGUAUCAUUCUCAGUGCCAACUUAUACACUUUUUUUCUAUGUGCACAUAUGACGAGGGAGAGAGGGGAGGAUAUACCACACUUGUUUACUGUGACACGAUACACACUUUUGAUCCUUGGAUAGGUGUAAAGAUAUGGUUAUUUUUCUUCUCUGGUGUAUGCAAGAGAAAAAACCUUAUUGCAGUGCUUAAUGAGGCUUGAAAUGCUGAUCGUGUCGUAAAAACGUGGAUAAAAUUGCCCAUUCUAGUCCGGUAUAUGGUUAAGACUUGAUUUGGCUAGGUGGUAGAGGUUAGUCUAGAGAUUUAGUAUAUUUCAUUUUGUCAGUGUGCUUUUCUACCAGUAAUGUCUUUUAUGUGUAAAAUGUAGGAAAACAUGUCUAUUAAGGAAUGGUUGAAUAUCCUAAGAUAAGUCAUUCAGUGUGAUUUCAUACAUCCCCCUGUAAGUUUUAAAUCGACAUGCUCUUUGUUCAUUUGUAGUUCAAAGUAUGUAGUUCCAUUCAUUGGUUGAAGCUCACUAGCCAGGAACAUGUAACCUACAUCAAGUAUUGUUUUGCCUAUAUGCCAUGUUCCAUUCAUAUGUGAAGAACAACUCUAGGCAUAUAUAUAUACAUUAUGCCCAAGGAAGCCAAAGUGUCCACUAGGGCCUUUUUGUACCACUUGUCAGCUAAUGUGAGCUAAAGUCAGUCAGCAGAGAGGCAUUACCAUACACUGGUGCCACUGUGUGACAACUAUAGCUUUUAUUACUAGCUAUAGCCAUCAAUUAUUGUAAUAUUUGAAUUGUUGGCCUUUUGAGAAAGAUAUAUGAAGAUAACUAAAUCAUCAGCACAAUUACAUUCACUAUAACAGGCACUAGAGUGGCUCUGCCUCAUACUGAAAUGAAUUAUAAACACAAAGUGAUGUUGUCAUCCAGUUAAUACACUCACUGGUCAUUGUCGGUCUGAUUUAUCGACACGUCUAAAAUUUUGAUAUAUAAUCCCCAGUGUAUUGUUCAAUGAAGUGUGACCAAAGAUUAUUGAAUUUAAAACAAAUUUGUUUAUAUUAGUAGGCCUAUUUUUGGAAAAAAAAAGGUUCAAUGAAUAAAUCUUUCUCCAGGUUAUAUAUAUACAUAUACUGUAUUCCCAAUGGGAAUUUUUCCAAAUCCACUGAACUUGUUUUUCAUUAAUACCAAAAAUGGUUUGAGAAACAUGACUUCUCUUUUAUUGUAGUAAGACUAUCAACAGCAUGUACAGUACAGUAACAGUAUUCAGUCGCCAUUUCUGGUAUAACUGAAAAAUGAUGAGUGGUUAAAAUAUUUCCUUUACAAUGAUUCAUGUUGUUUGCAAAUACAGCACAUUUAUCAGUUGGUAUAUCAGUAAAUAACUUGCGUGGGCAGUCUGUUACACUGUCAUUUGACUCUUCAGAGGGACAUUAGGUUUAAACUGUGAUAUACAGUGUAGUUAUAUUUGUUGCUUGUUUCUCUCGGUGUUUAAGGCUCACGUAUCUGACUAUAAUACGACAGACUUAAUUUAAUAUUGUAUUUCUGACAAAAUCAUCACCAUCAUCAUUUAUUACCAUUGAGGGAAACAAGACCUUGUCAGAAAUCCUUUUUGUCAUUUAUAUGUCUUAAUUCAUCUCAAAAAAUUAUAUUGUGUCAAAAGUUUUAAUUGUGUGUGGGUGACGAAUCUUGUGUGUACGUGCGUUUGUCUCUGGCGUGCCCGACCGUGCGUUUAAGUCGGGCGUAAGGAAUGCUCGGCCAUAACCUCGACGAACUCCCGAGGUUGCCAGGCUGUGGUCGGUUUCGAGAAUUGAAGGUUAAAAUAAGAAAUUAUCCCCAAUUCAAUCCUAAAUGUUCACUGAUAGACGCCAAGUUCUUGAACGCCGGGUGGAGCUGUUCCUCACCUAAAAAAGUACAGUACAGUAUUCUGCUUUUAACCUUCAAGUCAUGAAUGCUACUAAAUAUUCACUGUUACCUAAUUCUCUUGGAUCAUUUUUAUAUACAGUUUACAGAUAAAUGAUAUAUCACAGUGAUGGGUUAAACUCUUUAAGGAAAAUCUGUUUUGCAUGACACAAAGUACAUAGCACACUUAAUGAUGGGGAGAUGCUUACAGUUGACUACACUAUCUCUUGGUCUUCUCUUAGAAUGAUGUUUUAUUUGUAAUGAAACCAGUUGCAGUAUUAUAGUCGGUGGAUAGCUUAUUGUAUCCCGUUGCUAUUUACUAAUAAUAUGGAAAAUAGGGGAAAUAGGAAACAUUUUAACUAAGACUUAUAUACAAUAUGUGUGUGUGUGUGUGUGUGUGUUCAUACAUCUAUGCGAGUGUGCUGUUAUGUGGAGAUGUGCGUAAUUACUAUUAUUAUUUACCGUAAUUACGGGCAUAACAAAAAUUACACGACAUUUACAGAUUUUUAAGUAGCUUUGAAAUCUAACUUUGUUUUAUAUAUACGUAUAAAACUGAAGUUCACGGCAAAAGAAUUUACAAAAAAAAAAAAAAAAAUACGGUUUCAUUCAAAUAAAAUGUGUGCGAUGAGCUAACGUGCUGGUCCAGAGAUCCGUCCUGUUGACACUUCCGCCUUGCUGCUCUAAGUUUAUUUGAGAGUUUAUUCUUUUUUCCCACUCGUUAAGAAUUUAUUUUCUCCCCUCCGAAAAGUUUCCAUUACCCAUACAAUAAUGUUUGUUAGGUCUUACUUUGUUAUUCAUAUUCUUUCUGUACCACUACUACUCCACUCUGUGCUAUUACCCCACCUCUUACCUUUACCAACCCUCAUUAUGCUGUGUGCUUGUGUAAAACAACAUUCAAUCUGAUUUUCAGUCACACCAAAUUGAUUUUGUACACUGACUCAAACACUAGGAAUACGUGACAGUAUGUAGGAUACUUUUUGCACAAAGAGUUUUUGAUAUUUCUUAUAGGUUUGAAAAUUAUUAAAAAAAUAACUUUUUGUAAAUGACUCGGGUUUGCACUCUGCUUGGCGGCAUAAAAGUAAUUUACAUAAGGUAAGUUUAACUCCACCUGUGAAUAUCUCUGUCAGGAAUCACAUUUUCUUUGAUAACACUUCUCUACUUGUACUCCAAUUGAUGGAUUUUCUAAAGGCUGAGUGAAAUGAAUGUAUGAGAAUGAAAGAUGGUAGAAUGACCAAGUAAAAAUUAGUCAAUUUACUUCAGCAAACAUAUUUCAGAUCCAAUAGGCUUGAGCACAGUGUCCACUCUUUGUGCUUGUAUUUAGGUUAUAACUAUGGUAUUGUACAUUAGAGUAUUGUAACUAUCAGUUUCAUAAUAAAAUACUUCCAAGCA